AUGGCUGGAUUUGAUGAUCCUGGUGUUUUCUUUAGCGAUUCUUUUGCUAUCGAUGAACAACAAGACGAUCAGCAAUUAACGAAGACUCUUGCUCAAAAGAAAUUUAAAGAGUUUAUACGUGAAUAUCAUGAAGAUGGCCUUUCUUUCCGAUAUCGCGAUGACCUGCGAAAGCAUUAUAACAUGGGUCAAUAUUGGUUAGAAGUAGAUUUAGACGAUUUAAGGAACUACGAUGAUCAACUGGCCGAUCAUUUAAUUAAGCAGCCAUCCGAAUAUUUACCUUCGUUUGAAUCGGCUGCAAAAGAAAUGGCCGAUGAAGUAACCAAGCCUCGCCUUGAACAUGAAAGUGAGAUCCAAGAUAUUCAGAUUAUGCUUAAAUCCGAUGCACAUUCAAUCAAGAUACGAGAUCUAAAGUCGGAUCACAUGUCGAAAUUAGUUAAAAUUUCGGGAAUUGUUAUCAGUUCCUCAAGUGUCCGAGCGAAAGCAACCCACCUAACAAUACAGUGUAGGAGUUGCAGAAAUUUUGUCCCUAAUAUAGCUGUUCGCCCUGGCCUAGAGGGAUAUGCAUUACCAAGAAGAUGCACUACUGAUCAGUCUGGUGGCGUAAAAUGUCCAUUGGAUCCUUACUUUAUCGUACCUGAUAAAUGUAAAUGUGUUGAUUUUCAGGUACUUAAACUACAAGAAACACCAGAAGCUGUUCCCAAUGGUGAAAUGCCAAGACACAUGCAGUUAUAUUGUGAUCGCUAUUUAACGGAAAAAGUUGUCCCAGGUAACAGAGUAACAAUCAUGGGUAUUUAUUCAAUUAAAAAACAAGCCAAGCUUGGUCGCGAUAAUGUUACUGUUGGUAUCCGUAAGCCCUAUUUAAGAAUUGUUGGUAUUGAACUGAAUAAUGAAGGACCUGGCAGAAGUGCCAAAUCAACCGUAUCUUCUGAAGAAGAAGAACAAUUUAGGCAUUUGGCAGCGAGAGAUGAUAUACAUCAGGCUAUUGCUAAGAGUAUUGCUCCUUCUAUAUAUGGCAGUGAAGACAUCAAGAAAGCUAUAGCAUGUUUACUAUUUGGUGGUUCUAGAAAACGAUUACCAGAUGGUUUGGUACGCCGAGGGGAUAUUAAUGUAUUGCUGUUAGGCGAUCCUGGUACAGCAAAAAGUCAAUUACUUAAGUUUGUCGAGCAAAUUGCUCCAAUUGGAGUAUAUACAUCGGGCAAAGGGAGUAGCGCAGCCGGUCUUACGGCGUCCGUCGUAAGGGAUCCUUCUUCGAGAAAUUUUAUAAUGGAAGGAGGAGCAAUGGUUCUAGCGGACGGUGGAGUAGUGUGCAUAGAUGAAUUCGAUAAGAUGCGCGAGCAAGACAGAGUGGCUAUACAUGAAGCUAUGGAACAGCAGACGAUUUCUAUUGCUAAGGCCGGCAUUACGACAACUUUAAAUUCGAGAACGUCGGUAUUAGCCGCUGCCAAUUCUGUGUUUGGCCGAUGGGAUGAAACCAAGGGCGAUGAAAAUAUAGAUUUCAUGCCUACUAUAUUAUCUCGGUUCGAUAUGAUAUUUAUUGUUAAAGAUCAACAUGAUGAGCAACGUGAUACUACACUGGCUAGACAUAUCCUUCAGGUUCAUCUAAACGCCUUACAAAGUACAUCUAAUAAUAGUGGAGAACUUGACUUAAACCUUCUAAAAAGAUAUAUCAAUUACUGCAGAAGCAAAUGUGGACCACGACUCUCAGAUACAGCAGCCGAGAAGCUUAAAAACUGUUACGUUCGGAUGCGUGGCGGAGCUCAAAUCUACGAAAGAGAAAAUGAUAAGAGAAUUAACAUUCCUAUCACUGUCAGACAGUUAGAAGCUGUUAUUCGUAUGUCUGAAUCAUUGGCUAAGAUGUCGUUAUCACCAUUUGCGGUUGAAUCUCAUGUUGACGAAGCUCUUAGACUCUUCCAGGUUUCAACCUUAGAUGCUGCCAUGUCUGGGAGUCUCACCGGUGCGGAAGGAUUUACACCGAAUGAGGAUCAAGAAGAGGUCCGCCAAGUCGAAACACAACUAAAAAGGAGGCUAGCAAUUGGCUCUCAGGUAUCUGAACAACGUGCGAUUCAAGAUUUCUUAAAACAGAAAUUUUCAGAGCGUGCUAUCAGAACUGUACUACAUAUUAUGUUAAGGAGAGGUGAACUGGAACACCGAAUGCAAAGGAAAGUUAUUUUUAGGGCUCGUUAA